GGAAAUGAUGGCCAUCUUUAUCCCAGUUCAUCAGCAUCCUGCUGCUCCAGCUUUGCAGGGCGCCGUUCCAGGCUACCAUCAGCUCCCAGCCGGCCGGACGGCCUAUGCAGACGAUAUUCGGGGGUUGGAACUGUGGUUAGCAUAAAGUGCUGGCAGCCCCGCUACGUCGAUCGUCCCUUGCUCCUCGCACACAAUGUCUUAGACCCUUUUCCUCCCCAAGCCCUGGGAAACUAAAACAACCAGCCCAGAUAUUGACUAGCCAGGGCGCCACUGUUGCCCGUGGCUUUCCGUCACCCUUUCACCAUGUACCAAGCCAGCAAUGUCUACUUCAUCUGCUCGUUCGCCGCCAUUGGCGGUGGGCUCUUCGGGUUCGACAUCUCGUCCAUGUCCGGGGUGCUAGGCACGCAGGCGUACAAGCGUUACUUUGGCAACCCCGUGUCGUACGCGCAGGGGGGCAUCACGGCGUCCAUGCCGGCGGGGAGCCUGGUCGGGUCGCUGGUGUCGUCCUUCAUCGCGGACCGCUACUCGCGCAAGGUGGCGAUGCAGUUCUCGUGCGUCCUGUGGAUCAUUGGCAGCAUUCUCAUGACGGCCGCCCAAACCAUCCCCAUGCUGUGCAUCGGCCGCGUCAUUUGCGGCCUGUGUGUCGGCAUUGCCUCGUCCGUGGUCCCCAUCUACCAGAGCGAGAUCGCGCCCAAGGAGAUCCGUGGACGGGUGGUUAGUCUCCAGCAGUGGGCUAUCACUUGGGGGAUUUUGAUACAAUACUUCAUCCAGUUCGGCGCCGCUUCGGGAGUUGGGGGCGGCCCAGAUGACCCGGACCAGCCGACCGCCGCGUUCCGGAUUCCCUGGGGUGUGCAGAUGGUUCCGGCUUUCAUCCUGCUUGUCGGUCUCUUUUUCUUCCCCUACACCCCCAGAUGGCUCGCCUCCAAGGACCGAUGGGACGAAGCCCUCAAUGUGCUUGCCAACCUCCACGGUGGUGGUGACAAGAACCACCCCAAGGUGCUCGCUCAGUACCAGGAAAUCCAGGAAGCACUACAGUUUGAACGGGAGCAGGCAAUCUCGUCCUUCAAAGCUCUUGUUGCGCCAAAGAUGCUGAAGCGUGUGGCUCUGGGGAUGAGUAUUCAGAUGUGGUCCCAGCUUUGCGGCAUGAACAUCAUGAUGUACUACAUCGUCUACAUAAUGGAGGGUGCCCAGAUCGCGUCACCGCUAGCUACAGCGUCGAUCCAGUACGCCAUCAACGUCGUCCUGACGCUUCCGGCCAUCAUCUUCCUCGACAAAUGGGGCCGGCGCCCGUCUCUGAUUCUCGGCUCCUUCGGCAUGAUGACCUGGCUGUUCAUCUCCGGCGCACUACAACAAUACUACGGCCAGCCCAACACAGGCGAAACCCGCACCCCGAACAACAGCGACAUCACGUGGAUCGUGUACCAGAACCGGCCCGUGUCCUCGGCCAUCGUGUCGUGUUCGUACCUGUUCGUGGCCACCUUUGCGACCACGUGGGGUCCCGUGUCGUGGACGUAUCCGGCCGAGAUCUUCCCCAGCAAGAUCCGCGCCAAGGCCGUGUCGCUGUCGACGGCGGCCAACUGGUUCUGGAACAUGGUGCUGGCGUUCGCCGUGCCUCCGCUGCUGUGGAACAUCUCGUACAAGAUGUACUAUAUCUUUGGCGCCUUCAACGCCGCCGCCUUUGUGCACAUGGCCCUGAUGGCCCCGGAGACUAAGGGCUUCACGCUUGAGGAGAUGGACGACGUGUUUGACUCGGGCCGGCCGGCGUGGAAGAAGUACAAGAAGGGCAGUCGUCUGGAGGAUAUUGAGCGGCAGAUUGCCGAGGGAAAUCUCAAGGUAUGCCUCGAUGGGACUAUCGAUCUGAUGGUUGCUGACUGACUGUGUGACGCAUCAGGUAGAAAUCCCGUUGGGACAUGUGCACAAGCCCAACGCGGCAGGCGAUACCGUCGUCGCCCCGACCAUCGAGCAGUCCGAGCAUAAGACGGACGCUGCGCCUGCUGAGAAGCCAGUUGCAUCCUAAUCUUCCCUGGCUGAGAUGGAUCAUCAUGGAUGUCGUCACUGACGCGGAACCCAAGCUCUUAACAUAG